CUCUUUCUCUCUCUCUCUCUCUUUUUCCUCGCGUCUCUACGCCGGGUUGAUCGUAAAGUUCGAAACUUUCGGUGCAUAUCAGUCUUGACUUCAUCGCUUUGCGCGAUUCCUCUUCGCAAUUGACCCCCGCCUCUGCUUGUUUUGCAAUGGUUGUGCGUGGCGGCAAUACAGAGAAGCGCAAUUUCCUUUUUUUUGCCCUUUUCGGGGUUUGGACAAUUGGUCUCAUAGCCGGGGACGGAUGUUUGAGGCGAAAAUGGAGAGGCUUUACGAAGCAGCAGUUGAAGGAGAUGUGGAUUCUUUGCUCGGUUUGCUCGAAGAUGAUCCACUGAUCCUUGAUAAAUGUAUUAUGUGGUCUUACAAUGGGAGUCCAUUACAUAUAGCAGCACUACUGGGUCAUGAGAGAUUCGUUGACGAGAUUCUGGAUUGAAAACCCGAGCUUGCAGGAGAGGUGGAUUCUCAGGAAAUAUCACCCCUGCACUUUGCGACCGCUAAAGGUUAUCUUGGAAUAGUGAAGAAAUUGUUGACUGUUAAUGCGGAUAUGUGCUAUGCUCAUGACAUAUAUGGUAGGAACCCUCUUCACAUUGCGGUGGUUAAAGACCGAGUGGAUGUUCUAAAGGAACUGGUUCGAGAGAGUCCCCAUGCAGCACGACAGAAGAUGGGACAUGGCGAGACUAUUCUCCAUUUAUGCGUGGAGCAUUAUAAAUUGGAAGCUCUGAAGGUUUUGGUGGAGUCAGUUGGAGAUCACGAGUUUGUUAAUUUGAAGAAUGACCAUGGCGACACCAUAUUGCACCUAGCUGCUGCAUAUAAGCAAACUGAGACUAUAAGUUUCUUGGUCACUUGUACCGCAGUAGAAGUGAACUCUCUGAAUGCGGACAGUCUCACGGCACAUGAACUUUUAGCACGAAGUGGAAAAUCUGGAAGGCACAUGGACAACAUACACAACUUUUUUGAAGCUGGAGGGUCAACUGAAAUUGUUCAUGCUCUGUCUAGGAGUGAAAUGGAAUCCAUGACAAUGGGGGCCUUACCUCCAUAUGCUAAUGAUCAGAAUAUCACAUCCCAGUGCAGCGAAAAGGUAGGAAGAAGAAUCACAGUAAGCAAUAUGAUUGGCUUGAAAGGAAAAAGAAUGCGCUGAUGGUUGUAGCAUCUGUAAUCGCAACAAUGGCAUUCAAAAUUGUUAUCAACCCUCCGGGUGGUUUUUGGCAAGACACUACCCAAGGUGACAGCUCGACAAAGCCACACACCGCAGGAUAUUCCAUUAUGGCCGACGAUGAUGCAGUAAAUUACUUGAGUUUCUGGUCGAUUAACACAGUAGCCUCUCUUGCAUCCCUCAGCAUCAUCCUGAUAGUUGUGAGCGGCUUCCCUUUGAGGCGUAGGUUUUUAAUGUGGAUUCUAGUGAUGAUCAUGGGGAUCGCCAUCAUAUCCAUAGUGCUCAUCUAUGCUCACGCAUUAAGAGUCUUCAUGCUCUUUCACCAAAAGUGUAUGCUCAGCAGAAUAUAAUUUGGAAUGAUCGUGCGGUUUGGCGUGAUGAUCCUGCUUCUCCUGGGGCUGAGACAACUUUUCUUUCUGGGCUUGGUUGAACCUGUUUCUACAGGGGGCUCUUUUUAAUGCAUGUUUUCUUAGUUGUGCCUUUCUGGGACAAAAAGCUUGUUGUACAUUUAACUUGUUUUUGGCCUGUGGAUAUUGGUAAAAGUCUAUGCUUUUCAAUCUUUCAUGUUUAUUCAUUAGUU